GACCCCCCUGACACCGGUAGUGACGCUAACAAUGGCGUCCUCCGCUGCCCGGCUCACUGCACGCCUGCUAACAGCUUCUUCUGCACACCGCAGCGGUCGAUUCUUGAGAGUCCCCAGCAGACAUGCAGGAGUCUGUGCAGAGACGAUAUCACAGACUCACCGGGGAGGGACAGCAGCUAGCUUUAGCUCCUGGACACACGGGCAUGUCGUGACAUUGAGAGGGCUGACAGGUACAAGAUGUCCCUGUGGCACAACCAGCUACUCUUUUCAUACCAGCAGCCAUCGGGCAAACAAAGAUGACUUUUAUCAAGUCUUGGGUGUCUCCCGUACUGCGACACAGAAAGACAUCAAGAAGUCGUACUACCAGUUGGCGAAGAAGUACCACCCAGACACAAACCCAGAUGACCCGGAGGCCAAAGAGAAGUUUGCCAAGCUGGCUGAAGCCUAUGAGAUUCUGAGUGAUGAGGUGAAGAGGAAACAGUAUGACACAUACGGAGCGGCCGGCUUCAACCCGAACCGGGCUGGGCAGAGCCAGCAGCAGCACUACUACAGGGCAGGGGGGGCCAACGUAGACCCCGAGGAGCUCUUCAGGAAGAUCUUUGGAGAGUUUUCUGGAGGAAUGGGCUUUGGAGACAUCAACAACAUGUUCGAGCAAAGACCUGAGUUUGUGAUGGAGCUGACCUUUUCAGAGGCAGCUAAGGGUGCCAGUAAGGAUCUGAAUAUAAACAUUGAUGACAGCUGCCCCAGGUGUGACGGAAAGGGCAGCGAGCCGGGCACUAAGGUGUCUCAGUGUCAAUAUUGUAACGGCACUGGCAUGGAGUCGGUCAAUACGGGUCCUUUCAUGAUGCGCACCACCUGCAGACGCUGCGGGGGGAAAGGGUCAAUCAUAACCACACCCUGUGGGCUAUGCCGGGGUUCAGGUCAGAUGAAGAAGAGGCAGACUGUCUCUGUACCUGUGCCUGCUGGAGUGGAGAACGGUCAGACGGUGCGCAUGUCUGUAGGAAAGAAAGAAAUCCUCAUCACAUUCAGGGUGCAGAGAAGUCCAGUGUUCAGGCGCAACGGAGUGGACAUCCACUCAGAUGUGAUGAUCUCCAUAGCUCAAGCCAUCCUGGGGGGAACAGCCACGGGACAGGGCCUCUAUGAAACCAUCAGUAUGGUGAUUCCUCCGAGUUGCCAGGCGGAUCAAGUGAUCCGGCUUCAUGGGAAAGGCAUUCGUAGGAUGAACAGCUACAGCUAUGGAGAUCACUAUGUUCACAUCAAAAUCAAAGUACCAAAGAAGCUGACUCGUAAGCAGCGCUCUCUGCUGCUCAGUUACGCUGAAGAGGAGACGGACGUUCAGGGGUCGGUCAACGGCGUCACUCCUUCUGCAAGUAAAGCAGGGGGCAGCAGCACUUCAGGUUCUGGUGCAAAGGCGAGCAGCUCAGAGGAGGGACAGGACACACAGAAACAGCAGCAGCAAGAAGAAGAAGAAGGCUUCUUCUCCAAACUGAAGAAGCUGUUUAGCUGACAUGUUCAACAGGUGGAAACCCUCAGUAAACACGGUGAAGCAGGAGAAAGAAAUCUGCUGACUGGCCUCCAUGCUGUCUCCUCCCGCUUUGAGGAUUGAGCGAGGAGGACGAGGACGAGCGAGGCAGAGUGGUAGCAGUGUUGACACAGUCACACAUUGUUGAAGCUGCUGUUGGCAAACAAACCACGCAGACGCCAAGUUCACCCACGCACGCACACACACACACACACACACA